UUUCAGCAAACGCUACCCUUCUGCCUGCGGGAGGGUUAACUCACGUCACUGUAGCCACGCCCCGUGCAUCACUAGGGUCGUAGGCCUAUGCUGUCGCUUCCAAUGAGGGAGUAGAGCAGUGAGAGAGCCGGAUAUUGCGGAGAGUGUGGGCAGUGGCACACAGGAAGUAGGAGAACCCGGGGAGGACGGAGACCGAGUGACCCGUGAGCUCCUGUGCACGGAGACGGGGUUAUAGAGGAGGCGGCGCUAUGCAUCUUGGGAAGAAGGUCAAAGCCUUGAGCCUGUUGGUGUGUCGGAUCAAGAUCCUACUCUACACCCCAAUGUCAUUCCUGUGGAUCCCAGUGUACCUCGCAGAAAGAGAUUUAACAACAUGCUCCAAGAAUUUUGGAAAUCGUUCGGUGUGACAGUUAAAGGGGGAGUUGUUUUUUUUUUUUUUUUCAUAUUAGGUGAAGAAAUUGGAAGAUUCAGAAUUGGUAUUUUUGGGAGAGAAAAAAAAUUGGCAUUUUUCUUUUUUACGCAGCAGACUUUUUUGCGCAGCAGACUGUUUAUCUCUUGCUGUAGAGAAAUUUUUUUUUUCCUCAACUAGUUGGGGAGAUUAUUAUUAUUUUUUUUUUAUUGCAUAAACAAACAUUUUUUACCCCUACGGCCUGAUCUGUGUUGCUUGAACGUCGCUGGUUAUACAACGCCACAUACAACUGCACCCUGUCCUUCACCUGUCUUCCAUUUCCACUCCCACAAAUUAACUUUUGGAUUGAUGGUUCGUCCGGCCUACAGGAGAAAUGUCAUGCAACCGACUGAGAAAUAACUGAUAUCUGAAAGUUUGUCUCUGAGAGUUGUCGGUGCACUGCAGGUGUAAUUCUGACAAGCAGCUCGGUUGUGAGCACAGAUGUCCAGCAAAGGCGAUGAUUGUUACUUCUAUUUUUAUUCCACCUGCACUAAGGGUGACAGCUGUCCUUUCCGACACUGCGAGGCAGCCUUAGGAAAUGAGACAGUCUGUAAUUUAUGGCAGGAUGGAUGUUGUUUUCGUCAAAUCUGCAAGUUUCGACACAUGUCGAUUGAUAAGAGACGCAGUGAGAUACCCUGUUACUGGGAAAAGCAGCCUUCUGGAUGCCAGAAAGCAAACUGCGCCUUCCACCACGCCAAGGGGAGAUACGUGGAAGGUCUCUUUCUGCCUCCGAGUAAGACACAAAUACCCCAGCCUGAAGCAUGUGAGGCAGAACCGCCGAUCUCUCCACUCUCACAGGCUCCAAGCAAGCUUUCCGUGGUCCCCACGCCACAAUUACGUGGAGUAAAGAAAAUAGAGGCUACAGAGAAUGUUCCAAGUCCCACGCAUCCACCUGUUGUGAUUAAUGCAGCGGAUGACGAUGAGGAUGAUGAUGAUCAGUUUUCUGAAGAGGGAGAGGAGAUGAAGAACUCAAAGCAGCCACAUCUGUCACCAGGUGGUCGCCAGGGGGGGCGUGUUGUAUCUUCCCGAAAAUCAGCCACACCCAAAAAAGGGCUCCUGGGUGGUGGCUUAAACUUUAGCACUGUAGCUGGAAUGAAAUAUAAAAAGGAAGCGUGUCGAGAGGAUCUUAUGGAUGGUAUCCCAGCUUAUUCAAAUGCUCUGGAUUCCUCUGCUGUUCCGAUAGUUUCAGAAACAAACAUACCAGUUGUCCGAACCAUAACAUUUGCAAACAAUGAUCCUCCCAGUAGACACAACAGUUUGGCUAAAAGAUUGGGGAAGCACAAAAUGUUCACUCAUAAAAGCCCAUUAGCUGUUCCUGAUGAAGGGAGACAUACUACUGUGAAAAAGCCAUUAUCCGAAAGAUUAGGUGUGAAGAUCAGUCUACCAACUGAUAGCUCUGAUGCUCCACCAGAAAAAGCUCAGAUUCAAAGACGUUUAAAAGAUCGAUUGGGACUGCCAGCAGAACAGAACAGCACAGAAAUGGAGAGAGCUGCUAAUCCAACAGCAGAAUUCCGUGUUAAGACCCUUCAAGAAAUACGUCUGGAAAAGGCCAAUCAGAGAAAGGAGCAAGAAGUCACAGGUGUAUCUUCUAGCGGUGAGGACAGUGUUACUGCUUCUUCUAAACCCCCAUUAAGCCUUCAUCGUAAGUCAUUCUAUGAUAUCCUGGCAGAAAAGAGACUGAGACAACUAAAUGACGGGGUACAGAAGGAUGACAAUAAGCCAGAUAAAGAUCUGGAAACAGGAGUCGAUCAAGGAGCGGAAACACAGGUCAAGGCUCAGAAUCUGAAUGAUAAAAAACAGAAGCAAGGUGGCCAAUCGGUCUUCAGUUGGAGCAUUCGACGUGAUGCAAUUAAACAACACGUCAUAAGUAAUACUGCUGGCAGCAACGUGGACUCAAAAAAACAAAAUUCUGUGAAUUUAAAAGAGACAAAAGUUAGCUCACAGUCAAUCGAACAAGUUCGAGUAAAAACUCUUGAAGAAAUUAGGCAAGAGAAAGCUCUCCGGCACCAACAAGCCAUCAAAUCAGAGGGUGAUGAGGCUUCAUCUCCACUACGUGCUGCAUCAAGUCACACAAAGAUAAUGCGGAUUUCCAAGCGACCAGUCUGUACAGAAGUAAAAGUGGACGAAGCAGUGAUGGAGUCAAACCUACCAACCAAUGUUGUGGUCACAGUAGAAGACACUAAGUGUCCAGCGACUAUUACACCACAUAUGUCAGGCCCUGGGAAAACUGCCAAUGUACCAGAGGAUGACAACACUCAGUUAAUGCACCUGGAAGAUGGGAAUGAUGUAGACUCUGUGAAGCCAACUGAGAUAAUUCUUGAAAAGGAAAAUAAAGGCAAAGCAAAAGUGGUUAAAAAAAGAAGAGCCCUGGCCAAAGCUGCAAGAAAGCAAAUCGCACCAGAAGGCACGUUUGUAGCAGAAGUAAAACCCCUGAGCUCUGCUGUUACUUGCACUGAGAAGGAGAGGAUGCCAGUUUCUCUUCCAGCGGUUGACUCUUCCACAGUACAACACCCAGUGAAACGCAGAAGAAUUGGUACAGCAUCAAUAGAAGAGCCUUCAACACCUACUGUGGAUGACUUUGAUGACCUGAUCUGGGGAACUUCAGAUGGUAAAAUGGAGGCCGAAAUCUAUCUGGACCCAAACAAAGAUGAAGAUGAUCUUCUCAUGGAGCUGUCUGAGAUGAUUGACAGCUAAACAUUCAAGGGAAAAAUUGGUGUCCUAAAUGAAUACCAUAGGGACAGUUUAAAUACAUCCGUGACUGGGGCUCAAGCCAGGUCUUGCACAAGAACAUAAUUUCAUCAGCCUCCUGCACUUUUACAAGACUUGACCUUGGCUUAAAAAAAAAAAAAAAAAAAGAAAUCUGUAGUUUUAGGCAUCCUGUGUUGAAUUACCGUCAUUCUACUUUGUCUGGAUGUGGACUAUUUUUACCGAUCUCCUUAAUGACUGCUCCUUAUUAAUGACAGACAGAAUUGAAAAUAAUGUAUUUUGGCUUAAGUUUAUAAAUAUAAACGCUUAUGUUUCUCUUACUGAAA